CGGCGGGCGCUCCGCUCCGGCCCGCCCAGCACCGGAGAGUAGGCGCCGGGCUCCGGCGUGCUCUGCUGCCGCCACCGCCUCCGUCGCAGAAGAAGGAUGGAGGCAGGCAAGGAGCCCCAGAUGACCACCGCGGGAAAGCCCAGCGAAUCUGAGUCGGCAGUAUCCUUCCAGGCCCGGCUGUGGAAGAACCUGCAGCUGGGGGGUAAGGGCCGGAGCGGCGGCGGGCGGGCAGGAACCGAGCGCCGCACUGCGGAGCCCCCCGCACCGCCCCCGACCAGCGGCAAGGGGGACCUGCCGCCCGGCGCAAAGUGGAGCGGCUUCAAGCGGCGGCGGCAAGUGCUGGACCGCGUCUUUUCGUCCUCCCAACCCAAUCUCUGCUGCUCGGCCGCUGAGCCGCUAGAGCCGGACGGCGAGUCCGGCUCCGCCCUGCGCCGCCUGCGGGAGCACCUGCUUCCCCAGGGCAAGGGGCCGCCACCGGGCUGCCGGCUAGUGCCGGUCGCCGGCGAUGAGGGGCAGGCGAGCGGGAAGGAGGGGCGCCGGCCUGGGGCGCACCUGUCCCACCAGAAGAGCUCUUCGUUGCCCAGCACCGCUUGCCUGGAGCAGCUGCUGCAGGGGUCGCCCACUGUCGGCAGGAGACAGGAGCAGCGGGCGGAGGACGGCGACGGUGGCGCGAGAACAAAUUUGGUUGGAAUAAGUAAUGCAGAUUUUCCCUCUGGGGACCCUGGAAUGUACCAGUUGGAUGUUACUCUAAGAAGAGGACAAAAUCUAGCUGCCCGGGACCGUGGCGGAACCAGUGAUCCAUAUGUCAAGUUCAAACUUGGAGGAAAAGAAGUAUUUAGAAGUAAAACAGUACACAAGAACCUCAAUCCUGUGUGGGAAGAAAAAGCUUGCAUUCUUAUAGAUAACCCAAGAGAACCAUUGUAUAUAAAGGUAUUUGACUAUGACUUCGGACUUCAAGAUGACUUCAUUGGUUCAGCAUUUCUGGAUCUCACGUCGUUGGAAUUAAACAGGCAGACAGAUGUUACCUUGAGUCUGAAGGAUCCUCAUUACCCUGACCAUGAUCUGGGAAGUAUAUUCUUGUCGGUUCUGUUGGCUCCAGGAGAACAGCGAGAACCGACAAUGCUAAUGAGGAAGAGUUGGAAAAGAUCAAGUAAGUUUCAGACCCAGAGCUUACGUCUCUCAGACCUGCACAGAAAGUCUCAGCUAUGGAGAGGAAUAGUUAGUGUUACCUUAAUAGAAGGUCGUGAACUUAAGGCGAUGGAUGCAAAUGGACUAAGUGAUCCGUAUGUGAAGUUCCGACUGGGGCAUCAGAAGUACAAAAGCAAGAUUGUGCCAAAAACUUUGAAUCCUCAGUGGAGGGAGCAGUUUGACUUUCAUCUCUAUGAAGAACGAGGUGGAAUUAUUGAUAUUACGGUGUGGGACAAAGAUGCUGGCAAAAAGGAUGAUUUUAUUGGCAGAUGCCAGGUUGACCUGUCGACCCUGAGUAAAGAACAAACCCACAAGUUGGAGAUGCCACUAGAGGAGGGAGAGGGAUACCUGGUGUUGCUGGUCACUCUCACAGCCUCAGCUGCAGUCACCAUAUCUGACCUCUCCGUUAACUCCCUGGAGGACCAGAAGGAGCGAGAGGAGAUACUGAAGAGAUAUAGUCCAAUGAUGAUGUUCCAUAACAUCAGCGAUGUGGGAUUUCUUCAGGUGAAGGUCAUCAGGGCAGAGGCAUUGAUGGCAGCUGAUGUCACAGGUAAAAGUGACCCAUUUUGUGUAGUUGAAUUGAACAAUGACAGAUUGCUGACACAUACCAUCUACAAGAACCUCAAUCCAGAAUGGAACAAAAUCUUCACAUUUAAUAUAAAAGACAUCCACUCGGUGCUUGAAGUGACAGUUUACGAUGAAGACCGCGAUCGAAGUGCUGACUUUCUAGGCAAAGUUGCUAUACCACUGCUGUCUAUUCAAAAUGGUGAACAGAAAGCCUACGUCUUGAAAAACAAGCAGCUGACAGGGCCAACAAAGGGGGUCAUCUAUCUUGAAAUAGAUGUGAUUUUUAAUGCUGUGAAAGCCAGCAUAAGAACCUUAAUGCCUAAAGAACAGAAGUAUAUUGAAGAGGAAGACAGACUGUCUAAACAGCUACUAUUAAGGAACUUUAUCCGGAUGAAGCAUUGUAUCAUGGCACUCGUAACUGCCAUCUGCUACAUUAGCAGUUGCUUUGACUGGGAUUCUCCCCCGAGAAGUCUAGCUGCUUUUUUGCUUUUUCUUUUUGUGGUCUGGAACUUUGAGCUCUACAUGAUACCACUGGCUUUGUUGUUGCUGCUGGCAUGGAACUACUUCUUGAUCGUAUCAGGGAAAGAUAAUAGGCAACAUAAUACAGUAGUGGAGGACAUGCUAGAGGACGAGGAAGAAGAGGAUGACAGAGAUGACAAGGAAGGUGAAAAAAAAGGAUUUAUGAAUAGACUUUAUGCCAUCCAGGAGGUGUGUGUCACUGUUCAGAAUAUCCUUGAUGAAAUUGCUUCAUUUGGUGAAAGGAUCAAGAAUACAUUCAACUGGACUGUCCCAUUCCUUAGCUGGCUGGCGAUUGUUGCCCUCUCUGUGUUCACUGUCAUCCUGUAUUUCAUUCCACUGAGAUACAUUGUUCUUGUCUGGGGCAUCAAUAAAUUUACAAAGAAGAUUCGAAAUCCAUAUGCAGUUGAUAACAACGAGCUACUCGACUUUCUAUCCAGAGUUCCUUCAGAUGUUCAAGUGAUGCAAUACCAUGAACUGAAACAAGAUCCCAGUCACAGCCCCAGCAAGAGGAAGAAAAACAACCCUGCCUAGCCAACUUCAUGUGUUGAGGAGACUAGCAUCUGCCAGGGGAGAAUAAAAGAGCAAGCCUAGGCAGCGUUUCCUUUCCCUAAGCGUUUUAUUUAUUUUGCCUUUUUAUCUAGUGAGGAGAUUUUGUAAAUAGUGUAAAAAGGUGUUUCUCAUUGAAGAUAUCUUUCUCACUGUAAAGACAUUUGUUUUAAGUAGGGUUUUUGCCAUUCAAAAGCCUCGUUAGAAACAGCAUAAUGCAUUAAAGGAGUCAAUCUAAAGUGGUAAAUAUGCACUGCUACUUGGUAGUCAAAGAUACAUGAAAUACUCAAAUCAUGCUGACUAAACCCACAAAAGGUGUGAAUUUAAAUCUUACUCAAAAAUUUGUCAUCCAGUAAGUCACCAUUACAAUGGUGACAUUACUAUGUUUUAUACAUUUAAUGAGAAAUACAAUGCUGUGGAGCCUACUGCACUUAAGUUUUGGCAGAUUUUUUAGUUCUCAGACCUUGAUGUUAACUUCUGGUGCAACAUUUUCCUGUGCAGGUGGGCUGCUUAUAAGAUAAUGAGAAACACCAAGUGCAAAUCUCUUUCUGGAGCUCCCAAAAGCAGUUCCUGAUGUCUUUAUCAUUCCAUUGUAAGAUUUAAAAAUCUCCAUCUCUCUCAAAAUACUGCCAGGUUUGUAACUGAUUGCCUGUCUGAUUUUUCUGUAUGUACCAGUAAUCUUCAUUUGUACUACAUAGUUUAGUGAAUAAAGUCCAUAGUUUUGCUGUAAUUUAAAUAGUAUAAAACUAACUCCACAUAUUGCUUUUGGUGUCAUGCUAUGAAAACUUUUUGUGCACAUAACUAUUUUAAUAUGGAAAUGUUGCAGAAAUUCUUUUUUUCAAAUCACAAGAUCAUAUUCAUAUGCUUUACCAAGCUGAAAUAUAGCGUAGAGGAAAAAAAUGCAGUUGUGGUAAAACUGUUUUAUUCUCUUAGCUACUAAUGUCAGUUCUUCUGAUACAGUCUUUAUCUACUGCAUGGAAACUGCAUUAUCUUAUAAAUUACAUGGAACAUAGAUGAGAAACGUUUACAUUUCAAAUGUUUUAGUGGCCACUGCAUAAUGAGUACUUGGGGAUAUAUUCUGGUAGCUGCAUGCAGACUACGUAGUGAGCAGAGACUCAUUCCUGAGGGACUACCUGUACACAGCUCCUCAUCGUAGCUCCUGGUGACAUUAAAGGGGAUUUUUGCCCAGGGGAGAGCGGCAGGACUGCAUCCUCGAGGAGAGCUGUGGUCCUCUCUGGAUUACCUCUCAUUGGUUGCAAUUGCAGAUAAAGUUAUAUUGCACUACUCUAACAAUACUUUUUGAAAAGACUAUUUAGAAAUACUUUGCAAGCACAUGUUUAUAUAUAUUUGUCUAAAGAAUUAUAUGUUAGCUGCAUUGCUCAUGAAAGACCGUCCUGGAUUUGUUUAUUUUGCAGAUAAGAUGAUAGCCAAGUUCUGAUGUGAGAGUAAUUUUGUUCUUUCUGUUUGUAUAUUUGAAAGAAUGCCAGUCAAAUGACUAUUCUGCAGAAAGUCUUGUCCUUGUUACAUCAUGACUUUAAAAGAGUUCUGGCUGUGUGAUGCCUGAAGACCAACAUACUAUUGAUUAAAUGAGAAUCACUGAUUAGCUUAUUUUGUUUUAAAAAAGCCAAAUUUUUGACUCAGCAAUUAUGUGAAUGUUUGUUGCCUGUUGUCAGUUUCAUGCAGUUCUUUAAUACACUGCAAGCCUUGUGUCUUCUUAAUGUUGCCCACCUGUCUGCGUGUGAUUUCCUGUUGUGGUUUUUUUUUCUGUACCCAAUUUCAAAUGUCUACUUCGAUGGUAAUGUACGGGUUAGCUAUGCACAUUUCCUGCAUUAAACACACCUUUAACGUCACUCUUUUCUAUUACGAAGCCUCUGUCUUUGAAAUCCUAUGCUAUCAUUUUUCCCUGAGUGGUGUGACAUGGAAGUGUCAAGGAAAGCAUCAUAUUUCUGUGUGCAGCAUUUCAGUAUUUUAAGCUCCAUAAUGUGCAGGUGGAGGGGGCAGGGAGAGAAAGACAUCUGUUUGUUUAAGAUUGGUCAAUUCCUCUUAAAUGCCUCAGUCACUCAAAAUUGAUCUCACUGAAAAUAUAACGCACAGAGGCAAGGCUAAGAAUGCAUGUGUAUUAAAUACAAUUCUCCUGCCACAGCAAGACAAUUUAAAAUCACAAUUUAAAAUAGUUUGUGAGUGAACACAUUUUCACUAUUUGUAGUUUCUCUACUCUGCUUUUUGUGGGUGGCCUCUUUAAUGAACCAGUCCCACUUUAUGCCAUAAAUAUUUUAACAUACCUUCCUUUUCCAGAUUGGUUCUGAAGUCCAUUUCUAACCUGUUAGAUUUACCAGGCUUUAUUCUGAAAGCAACUUGUCUGUUCUAAACAGUCAUGAAAUAAUAAGGCAUCGCACAAUCAUGAAACUCUUUCAGAAAAUAAAAUUUAAUGACUUUAUUUGGGUCCGUGGAAAAUUAUUAGCUUAAUUGGGGUCCACACUUAUAGUAGGUGUCAGAGCAUUCAGGAUCCACCAAGGCUGAUUGUCUGAGAGGCUUUAGUUACAGUUCUGAUGGUAAUUCAUAGUACAGAGGUUACUUACCCUGUUUUUACAGUUGUUUCUCGUUGUAGUGAGGAAUGCCUAAUAGCAAUGAGCUUUAACUGGGAGAGCUGUGUACUGUGACUUAGUAUUUUAAAUCCAAGUGCAAUAAACCCCAAGAUGUUUUUCUAUUGCAAUUAAACCAGCGGUGGAAUAAUGAAAAGGCGAUUAAGCAACCUGCAUACAGUCUAUCAGCUAAUGUGGUCCCUGAGAGCAUAAGCUCUUCUGACAAGAGGAAGAGCUGCUGGCCCCUCCUGCCUUUUCUCCACCUUGGCCUGCAUUCUCUAGGUGACCAAACUUGUAUUCUCCAUUUCCUGGUCACCACUAUACUAUCAAUUAAACCUUUACUAGAAACUGUUUGCUUUGUCAUCCUCUCCUGCUUUUUCUCCUACUUUUAUUCUUUGACUAAUUCACCUUCUUACAGAUGUAACUCCCUUGACAGUUUGAUCACAAACCUUCAGCUGCUGGUUUUGUGGCAGCACUUUAGUUUCCCUCAUGUACCUCCCACCUCUGCAGUUUCAAUGUUUGGUUUCUCACUGCUGCAUUAAGGAGUCAUCCAUACCCGUCUUCCAUCAGCUCUGCUUUUCUUGGACCUGCAGUGAGUCCCAUCCAGACCAACCUCAUCAUGGUACUCCACGUUCAAACUUUGUUGGAUUCUCACUCCCUGGUGGUGAUAUAUUUUGAAGUUGUUCCCUGUGAUAGAGCAGAAAAAAAAAGAAAUUGCAAUCUAAUUUUAGCGGAAGGAAAUAUCUUCUGAAAGUUGUAUAAGUGUUUCUGCAAUAUACAUGGAUCUUGCUGUUGGCUACUGGCUUUUGAAAUAUCUGAGCUUAUAGUUUUGCUCUGCUCCAGUUGAAGGAUUUGGACCUCUGUGUGAUUUGCAUCAAAUCAUAAAGGGCAUUUGAUCUGGGGGGAAACCAAUUAACAUAAAGGCAUACCAAAACAUAAAACCUGUAGUUUAUUAAGUUUAAAAUUGGCAAAAGUAACAAGCAUGGGUUGGUUGGGACCCAGGAGGAUUACUCUGAUGAAUUCUCCAUCAUACAAAAUGAUUGCACAGUGAAAACUGUGCAAUUUACUGUUCUUUGUAAAAUCCUAUGCUUCAUAAUUAAAUACAGCACUAUGAUUUUUGCAGUUUGGCUUUUUUCUCUACAGAUUAAUGUGUAGGCUGCACUUUGAGCAGACAUUUUCACAACAAAGAGUGGCAUUUGAAAAAGAAAUUAAUUUUUGAAGUAGUUGACAAUUGACAUCACUUGGUGAAGAUGCCAAAUGUCAGGAAGUUUAAAGCCAGGGUUUGUGUUUAUCUUUCGAUUUAAGUUGUGAUAAAGUGAAAGGAGAGUCACAAACAGUUGCAGAUGGAGAGAGUGUGCUGUCCUGGAGCCACCAACACUGUGCAUUGCUGACAGUAACUGAGACAGUCAUGCUUGUAACAGAGGAGACAUGAAAUGCACCUUCUGUGAAGAGCUUUAGAGAGCAUCUGCCCAGCUGCCCUGUCUCAAGCGGUUGCAUUAGUUCAUCAUUUUUGUGAGUGCUAAUUUAAUUGACCAGUGUACAAUAGAAAAAUGAAUAAUGGUGCAAGGGAAGGAGGGAGUUUCUUGGAUUUUCUCCGUCUCAACCUGAAUGUUAAAACCCUCUUUCUGGUCUUGGUACACAGUUGAGGAAAUGUGACAUCACUGCAUCUAAUUGAGAAAUCCUGAGCUUCUAGAAACCCUAGUUCCCAUACUGAGAGUUCAGUCCAUUUGCACAGAGUAUGCUUCCAGGGCUAAUGCUAGACAGUAGCCAUUCCCCUUAAAUCAUGCAUGCAUGCAACAGGACAAGUCCAUGUAUCUCAAAUCCUCUAAUCUCCUCAAUGAGAAACAUGUAAAAUCUGAUGUUAUUUUCAAAUAACGUGUUUUAAGUCUAAUUUCUCACUCCCUACAUUGGGAAUGAAGUGCAGUUGACAACUUCUCUCUUAAUUUCUGCCCUGUUCAGCCUGCUGCUAAAGGCAGAGGUUCAGCCACAGAAUGGAGAACUACAGGCAUCAGCUAUGUGUGGACUCCAUAUAAUAGGCUGCUAUUAUAUGAGAAAAUAAAUUUUCAAUCUUAAUCCAGAACCAGAGGACACAAAUCAGGUGGACAAGUAGUUUUGUAAGGCCUGUGAUGCUAAAAUGGAGAGACUUUGAUGCGUGGGCUAUUUGAUGGAUAAGGAAUUGGCUGGACUGCUGCAUCCAAAGUGUUGCAGUCAAGAAACAGCUCAGUGUUGAAAUGGAGAUCAGUAAUAAGUGGUGUGAUUUAAGGGUCUGUCCUGGAACCAAUACUAUUUAAUAUUGACAUCAAUGACAUAGUAGGAUCAAGUGUACUCUCAGUAUAGCAAAUGACACCAAGCUGAAUCAUGCAGUUGAUUUGCUGUAGGGAAGGGAUGUAUGUGAGGUCUUCAAAAAUGAAAUGUCUUUUGAAUGAUGGAAGAAGAAGGCUUAAAAACUUGCAUAGUUUAUGUUCAGAGUAGAACUGAAAGCAUCCUACCACCCAAACCCAUACCUAAAGCAUUACAAGGAAUCAGGCAGAUGUCAUCAAGGCUUCCAUACUUUGCACUCAUCAAAGGUAACAGAUGAGAAAGCCAAUCUUGUGUUGUAGCUUUUCUAAAAUGAAGACCGUGUUUCUAUAAGGACUGAUAGAAUACCUUCAAUUUCUCAUAAACUGUAAAAGCGUUUUGGGGUCAUCUUCCUACCUCAGGAAAAAGUUUUACUCUGCUAAUAGAGGCAGUAACUGAGAGGGACGUUGCUAAAGCCUUGAACACUCCACAAGAGUUGACCUCUACCUGCAGGAUGCAGAGGUCAGCUUCAGUAAGGCUGCUGGAGGGCAGGUGCAGACAUGCAGAGUUGUGAUGGUGACAACCACAACUCAGAUGACAUGAAGCUGACCCAGCUGCAGCUCCCUAAUUUCGGUGUAGUGAGCAUGGCACUUGCCCUAGAUGGGAGCCUGUGGUUUCACUUUCUGCUUAGUCUGAGUGGACCCAAACCCAUGACAUAUAGUUUUUAAGAGGAUGCUGUGGUAGACGUGAGGCUAUUCAGAUGAAGGGAAAGGGAUAGCUACUCUAAUUAAUUAGAGUAUCGAUCCUCUUGGAGCUGGAGCUCAGUGCAGAAGAGGAUUCAGGACUGACGUACAAGAUACAAAAGAGGCAGUGGGCAACAGAAAAAAUUAGAAAUAAAACUAGCAAAAAUUUAUGCAAUUUUCAGGAAGGCAUCAUAGAAACAAGAGUGUACAUGUGCUCCCCUGCAGGAGAAAAGAAAACAAAUGCCUCCUUGCCCCUUUGAAGAUACUCUGACCUGUAGAGGUUUCUGGGGAAGCGUACAGUUUUGAAAGAUAAGCACCAUCCUCAUCCUGCUUUGUAGGGACCUAUCUCCCCCUGAGUCACUAGACAGAAGCCUAGAGGGGACCGGAAAGUUUUUCCUUGGAUCUGACACUUGCUAGCAACUCAUGUUAUUCGUCUGUUAUUUACAAGCCUUUACUUCACAAUAAUGCACAGGGUAAAAAACCCAAAAUUUGUUCUUAAAUUUUUAAAAGGGAAAUAUUUGAAACAGAACGUACUUGCCUAUUUGUAGUCUGUCAUUCAAAGUAAGUGUUUUUGCUCUUUCCCUUCGGACAGACCAUGAUGGCCCCUUCUAGCAGACCCACCGAGUGUUGUUUCAUUGAUGGCUAGCAGUCGCUAUAGGUAAAUGAAAUAAUACCAUAUGAAAGCUUUGUGUCCUAAACCUGAUACUGCUGUGGCACAACAUGCAUGUGAAAGGAUUCUUUUGGAUUUGUGGAGAAACAAAACAAAACCAAAAAACACCCUGCCCUGGUUUCAGCCAGGGCAGGGUUAAUUUUUGCAGUAGCCAGGAGAGGGUGUUGCUAGGACACAGAGGUUAUUCUAUACCACCUCAUGUCCCACCUCUGAAGGCAGGGGAAAGGGACUCUUCCAAGGAGCAGGGGUUCCUUGCCAUCAAAAAAAUGUGGUUGAGGGAGCUGUCUGGUAUUGUCUAUUUUCAGGAUGAGUUCCAUGUGAAUAAUUAUUUUUGUACCCUCUGUGAUUGCUAGUGUUGCUGCUACUGUACAUUUUUUCUUAUCUCCUUGCUGUUUCCAGUAAAUUGUUCUUAUCUCAGCCUGUAAUCUUUGCCUUUUGUGCCUCCAAUUCUGCGCUCCAUCACACCACAGAGGGGAAAGGGAGGGGGAAAAGUGAGGGACUGAGAGAGUGGC